AUCGUAGACGUACAUUGUACGUCCGUGUAAGUUCCGCUUGCUUAACCGAAUUUCCAUCGACAUCGCGAGCACGAAAGGAUGCAAAUCCAUUACCGGUGCAAUAUACGUCACUGAUUAUUUCUUGAUUUAUUGUGUUGAAGCAUGGUUGAAGUUAUGGAAGAAGAGUAAGGCUCCAGAUGCCGUAGUUCGUGCGAAACUGCACUGAAAUGACUGAUCUACCCAACAUAGCAUCGCGAGUGAAAAGUUGUGCAUGUGAACUUAGAAAGUGGUUUGAAUUGCUACUUUGAAUGGCAUGAUGGUUGAGCUCUUCGUGUCAUUUUUCUCUAUCUAACAUAACUCGUAUUUUAUGCGGAAAAAUGUUAAAUGAAACGGGUUGGCAUAAACUACCACAAGUGACAUCCACUCUUUAAUGUAGUACACGUAAAUUAACAUACACUACUGCCGACAAACCGUCAGCUUUUUACAAUGACAAACCGCGCGAGGACUAGUACCACUUGGGGGGCCCAUCUUCCGACUGCCCGGUCCGUCAACGGUGCUAGUCAAAGCCUCCGUGAAAGCAGUAACGGGUGCUGCCGGGCGCCGUCUGGCUGGUUCCAAAUACUCAAGUUGGUCGCGCUCCUCGUCGUCUUAGGAGCCCUAGUGGCCCUGCAGUGUUUGCAGCUGGCGGCGCCUAUCGAAGUCGGCGCUUCAAUCUCCGUGGUGGUUGUCUCCAUAGCCGUCGCCUACCAGGUCUCCAAGCUGAAGCAGGCGUGGGAGGCACGGAGAACCAGAAAUGCAGAGGCCUCGGUCAGAGCCCAACCGAAUGCGUCUGCUGGCCAUCGAGAAAUCAACAGCGCCCACAUAAGCGGCAGGUCCCUGCGUAGCCCACCACCAUCUUUCCAAGAGGCUACACAAGGGUUCCCGACCACCCCACCUGUCACCGGUCUUCCCAACAGCCGGUCUUCCAGCACCGCCAACCCUUCAUGCCGCCGCCGGCUGUUGACCCAGCUCUUCUUACUCCUGAUUGCCGCGGUCUUUCUAGCUUUGCUCAUCGUCUCAAUUCUUGUACCCGACGUGCCGAUCUCAACGGGCAUUUCAUUCACCGUGGCUUUCAUCCUCGUAACCAUCGCUUCCCGCAUUCCAAAUAUUUGGCGGGCGCGGAAGGCACGGAGAACGAGGAGUGCACGGGCAGAGCGUGAGGUUGGAGUCUCGUCGACAGCUGUGCCCGAGGAAAUCAAUGGCGGGCGAUUAAACUGUGUUUUCGUCUACGACCCGCCGCCGUACACCGAGGCUACUGGCACGUCCCCACCCGCACUAACCAUCACCUGUCUUCCCAAGGACACACCCCAGGGAUAUCGCCUAACAGGGACGUCCAGACACCCGACCGUGGAGCCCGACGUCGCUGCCCCGCCGGCUGAGACACCGAUAGCAGCAAAUGAUCCCCCUCCGCCGUCUUACGAAGAAGCCAUUGCUAAUGGUGCUUCAUAACAUCCGUGGAAAAUUAUAGCAAACGGGUUUAUUUUGUUUUGGCUAAUCAUGGGGAAAGUCCUUAAUGAAGAAAGUCAAACUCAGUGAUGAUUUGCAUACUCGUCUCUACUGUACUCGAUACCAGAUCGUAAAAUGAGUCCACGUGAUUCUGUUAAUCGCUUCCUCGGUGUUAAAAGCACUUGAGCCUCGAUACGUACACACAGAAAAGAUGAAUGACAAAGUAUAUGCAAUUAUAUUUAUAAGAUUUUGUUUAUUUUUUGUUGGGAUGUUAAUUUUGAUUUAUAUUGACAGGUUUGUCACUUUUUUCACCACUGUGUAUUCAGUGUUUUCCUAUAGGACUUGUGAAACAUCAACAAAUUUACUGUGGUUCGACUCAAAACAACACCUUUUACCAAUAAACCGUUGAGCGUGCCAAGUUAAUUAUCUUAGUCAAUGAGCAGCAGAUACAGCGCCAAGUAACUAUGUAGAUAUACUAUGGGGCGAAAUCGUGCCACUCACUACUACACCAUGAUCUCAGAAGUCUUGCCAAAUAAGACGUCAGUUGAUUAAAAGUCACUAGCUUGUUCAAGUUAUCACCACGAAGUGCUUGAUGGAAAAUAGUCCCAUUGUCUACUGCGCAUGCUCAGCAAACACUGUUUUAGCACCGGACACUUUCUGACAUACCACCAAGCAGGGCGACCGCACGUCGAUUUCAGGGCAUUUAUUUUAAAAAUUGCUCCCUAUUUUACACCCAAAUAUCAUAGACUACGGUUUGGAAGGCAAUGUUUAAAAGAGAUUUGUUUGGCAAUAAAAGUCAAAGACAUGGCUUGUGCAAAGAUUCAGCGGAUGGAUAUUAAAGUCAUGUUGUUAUACGGCGACCUUAGAAUCACACAUGCCUGGGUCGGCUGAGGACCAGUCCUUCAGGUGAGUCAACGUUUUGCUUGCAUUUUAGCAAUUAUGGAAAAUUAGUCUUCGAAUUCAUAUAUCCCAGGGUUUGCACCAGUUACCGCUGCCGCUGUAGGUGCUGUUUUACGUGAGUUGGUCUCCGGGAAAGCGUGAAUAAUUGGUGUGAUUUUGGCCACAUCUUGUGUCGUGUGUGUCAAGGCAGCACAAAAUGGAUAUUGCAGUACUAGUUCAUGUAUUGUGUAUUUACGUACAUCGUGCAUGCACGUGGCUGUGCGUGAGUUCUGUGUAAUUACGUACAACGUGGCACUGUCAUUUAGAAUUUAUGUGUGCCAUAGCCUAUCCUGAUUAACAGACGGCUUAUCUAUUUCCAAAUUAAUCAAGGUUCACCAACAAAGCUUUCAAUAUCGAAAGCAAAUGUUCCACUUGUGACUGUUAUUAAACCACGGUCAUAGAUGGUAAAUUUUUAUUGGUUGCGAAUUGAUCAUGUGACUUGCCAGAACCACAAUUAUAUAGCAUUCACAAUCAAAUGCAUAGAGGGAUCCCAAAACGACGCUUUUAGCGUCGAUCUGCGCACUUUGCGUUUGAAAACGAAGCUGUAUGUGUCAGCUUCAAUUUUUAAUACGAUCAGAAGAUUGAAAGUAAGAAGUCAAGACACGAAAUACAUAAAGGUAUGUUAAAUUAAAAAAAUUCAAAUUUUUGUGGAAGAGUCUUUCAGGAUGACU